UUUAAGGUUUUUUUUUUGGAGUUGAGUUUUGAUGAUUAUUUUCAUCAUAUCUCCACUUUAUGUUCAUCAUAUCUCCACUGCUUGGUCUCUCUAGUACAACCGUUCUUGUUUUUGUAAACAGGGAUGUUUGAAAGUUCAAAAGCCAUGUAUGAUUUGGUCUCUCUAGAACUGCUCAACCUGCACUCACCGGACGCCUCUUCGAAUUUUCUUCCAACAAGAGGAAAUAAUUGCCUAAAUCAGCAAACAACAAGAUUAAUCAGUUAGAUUUUCUUAUCUUUUCUUUUUUUCAAUUUCGGGUUUGAAACGCAACUGAAAACAUCACUACUCGUUCCAAAUAGUCUUCACGAUGGUGGCCAAUAUAUACAAGAAUUCCUCACCACAUUCCCAGGUAGAACUUGUCUGUAACAAUGAAAUCGCUGCAAUUGUCCUUGGUUAUAUUGAUUUCAUUAGCAUUAGCACCAAUAUCAACGCCAAUUUACGCGAGGCCCGGAUGUACAGAUAUGUGCGGGAAAAUCCGGAUCCCGUACCCAUUCGGAAUCGGGACAGGGUGUUAUAUCAACGAAUGGUAUGCUGUUGAUUGCAACUCAUCGACACCUUACCUUUCUGCGAUAAACAACUUAGAACUACUGUCUCUGAAUUUGGAAAAUCAAACGAUGGCAGUUAAUUUCUCAAUGAACUCUGAUUGUGUAGACACAAUCCGGAAUAACAGUCAAAUCUUGAGCGUCGACUUGGGUGAGAGCCCUUUCCUCUUUUCUCGAGAAGAUAACAAAUUCACGGUUGAGGGGUGUGAAAAUGCCGUUAUCUUGGAUCAAGGGGGAAACUUGGUCACAGGGUGUUCGACGAUAUGCCAAAACCAAACUACCAACCAGAGAGACGAUUGUUAUGGGGUCAAUUGUUGCCAAACCACGAUUCCUUACUAUCUUAAAGCAUACACCAUCGAUACUACAAGCUUACAAAGGCAGAGUCCAGGUGGAGUUUGUGGGUCUGCCUUCGUGGUGGAUGAACAAAUGUAUUUGCCUGGCAGGUUUUCUGGGAAAUCUGCCAUUUUUGAGAACUCCUUUGUUCCAAUUUCACUUCGAUGGACUCUAAGACCAGAAGAAAUUGGUGAAAGUGAUUGUUCUUCUAUGGCAAGAGAGACUCUUUAUCUGGGUAAUGGUACCAACAUUGAAUCUUACAAAUGUAAUUGUAGGCCAAUUGAAGAAGGAAGCCCGUAUUUAACUAACGGAUGCCAAGUUGUUAAAGAAUGUGCCACUUGUAUCGGUGAAUGUCAGGUAUAUCAGGGGAACAUUACAUGCAUUCCUAAUCCUCUCUCUCAAGCUAAAAGAAAAUCAUCAACGCUUGGAGUUAUUCUAGGUGUUAGCAUAAGCUUCGGGGUACUACUUCUCGUAGCAAUCAUCUUCGCGCUUUACAAACUACUCAAAAAAACAAAAGAUAAAAGACAAAAAGCACGGUUUUUCAAACGUAAUGGUGGCCUACUUCUAAAACAACAAGAAUCCGCUGAUGAAGGCAUAGUCAACAAAACCACACUUUUCACCGCGAAAGAGUUAGAAAAAGCAACCGACCAUUUCCACGAGAACCGAAUCCUCGGUAGAGGAGGCCAAGGCACUGUCUACAAAGGCAUGUUAACCGAUGGAAGGAUUGUAGCUGUGAAAAGAUCAAAAAUAGUAGAUGAAAGCCAAUUGGAACAGUUCAUCAACGAGGUAGUUAUCUUAUCACAAGUCAACCAUCGGAACGUGGUCAAACUUCUCGGAUGUUGUUUGGAAACCGAAGUCCCUCUUCUUGUAUCCGAAUUUGUAUCAAACGGGACUUUAUACGAACAAAUUCACAAUGAAACCGACGAGUUCCCGAUGACAUUAAACACACGGUUACGGAUUGCAACUGAGAUUGCUGGAGCUUUAGCGUAUUUACAUUCGGCUACUUCGAUUCCAUAAUAUAUUCAUUUAUUAUAGUAGAUAGAAAACCAUUUUAUGCUCUUUGUGAGCUUUCUUUUCUUUUUUACCAUAAUAUAUUCUAUGUUGUAUUUCUUAUUUAUAUCAUAUGAACUUAGAGAUCGUGCUAUGGACUUUCUCAAGUUUGUUAUAUUUUUCGUUGUGCAUGCGUUUACGUUGUGUUUCUUAAUCUCUUAUAUUAUGCCCAUGUGUGUGAGGUUACUUGUUUUUCUCUUCCCCUUAAUAACAUGCGGUGGUGCACUCAAGCAUAUUUUAGUUAGGGCAUUUGGGUUAAAGCUACCGAAUUGUUUGUAUACACGUUGAUGCAACUAGGCUUGUGAAUUGUGAUGUCUUGACCCAAUACAAGACAAAGAUGUACAGUUGAAGGCGGAGGUUAAAAGUCAAUGCCUUAUGUUGUGUGCAACUAAUCGUCAUAUUGAGUCGGAGACGAAAGGUAUGCCCAAAUUACAAGCUUGUGCCAGGAAGCUAUUUGUGAGCCUUAUCAUCUUGAGGUUGAACUAGAGGG